ACGGUGAUUGGCCGAGACCCAGACGUUGGUUACCCUCCUCCCACCACCACCACUACCAUCACCAAUAUUUAAGUCCCAGGCCCACCACAAGCUUCGUCAGUCACUCUUCAGCAUCAGUUCACACGCCCAUCACUUCUUCGCCGCCACCAUGAAAGUCGCCUUGCUGUUGCUUGUGACGCUGGGCAUUGUGGGAAUGAGCUUAGCCCUGCCUGACGUCACUCAUCGUAGAUAUCCCGCCGUUCAGAACGUGUACUCUAGAAUGAAAAGGAGCGAGGAAGAUGACGAUAACGAUGAGAAAAGUGAAGAAGAGGACAAAGAUGAUGACAAUGAAGAUGAGGAGAAAAAGGAUGAGGACGAUGACAAGGAAGAAAAUGCAAAAGACGAAAUGAAAAACGAGGAAAAGAAAGAUGAGGAGAAAAAAAAGGAUGAUGAAGCCAACGAGGACGAGGACAAGAAGAAUGAAGACGAUGACAAGUAAAAGGAGAGAGAAUACGUAAUGAAUGACAGUUUUUUCCACCCAUAGUAUGAUUUCAACUACAUACUAUAUGAUAUACCACAAUUCCUAAGGUAUUAAAGUCUAUUAUAUCGAUCCUUAUUUAAUGACGUUAACUAACCCUUAAACUUCUACAAGGCACAAGCUGUAUACUAAGUUCCAACAUAAAGAUAAAUCAUCGAUAUGGCAAAACAAGGUUUUUUCAUAUAAAAAAAAAUAAAGAUGAAAAUUACUAAAGAAUAUUAUAAUUAUAUACUUUUGAAAAGACGCCAACACCUAUUUAUGACGAGACGUUUCACUGGAUAUUUAUCGCUGUUUGUUAAAUUGAUAUAUUAUAACAAUGUACGACUUGGUAAUAAAAACAUCCCCCCCAAAAAAAAAAAAAAAAUGAUUUAGAUGUAAACGGUAAAUUCCAGCAUCGUUUACACUCAUCCUAUCAUGGAAAAAUAAAGCAAUGCAUAAUACACAUCAAACAAUUCACUGAUUUGGUAAUCAGUAAAAGUAAUAGCACAUAAGAAUAAAUACAAUGAAUAUGAAA